GCGGUGAACUCAGUGUGUUCUCAGGUCUGUAUUGGGCAGGCUGGUGGUGUGUGAGAGAGCACUGAGCAGGGAUGAGCACCAGGCAGUGAGGAAGAGAACGACAGAGUAAAAAAGGAGUGCAGCUGUGGAGAACGAGAGCUGGCAUACCUCUCUCUCCCUCCAUCUCUCUCAGUCUGUCUCCCCCACUCCCAUGCUGUUGUGAUAGACAGCACAGCACUCUCGGCUCGGCUGCAUGGAGGCACAGGGAGGGGCAGGGAGCCCAGAGCCCAAUAAAGACAUCCAGAAGUUGCUGAAGCCCUCCAGCUCAGGGGACCUUUCCAAGGAGUUGUACCAUCACCCAGUGGGGGAAGAGGAGGGAGGGCUCCCAGGACACACCGCUGGCCUGCUGCACGUCACCGAGAGGAGACGUGAGUACCGGGAGCCUCUGAGCAGUGUGUCCUCCCUGGAGGUGCACUUUGACCUCCUGGACCUGACAGAGCUAACUGACAUGUCUGACCAGGAGCUGGCUGAGGUGUUCGCUGACUCUGAUGAGGAGAACCACAACGAGUCCCCAGCAGGCCACCACCAGCCACCCAUGGCCAGAGGAGGCUACAUGCGCUCCCCCUCGUGGACCCGUUGCAGCAAGGCUGAGCCCCCCAGGGAGAGGAAGCACCACAGUGACUCCGACACCACCGCAGAGCCCUUAAUGAAGCUGGAAAGGCCUAAGCAGCCCUGAGAGCCCACGGGUCUGGCCCGGAAAGAGAGAGGCCCAGAGCGGACACACCGAGAGCGGGCACAGAGACCACACCAACUGCCCCAACCCCUGGUCUGGGCACUGAGACAACCAUGGUGCUGAAGACACUACAGACAGACUGAGCUCUCGAUGCUGUGCACUGUAUUAUAAACUUAACAUGAAACAACGGCUGUGAGUGAAAUACACACAGACACAGAUGCAAACACACAAAAUGACACACGGAUAUCUUCAAAACCACACACACGUACACACAUGCUAUUUAUUGUGUUUUCCAUGCAAGGGGUUCCACUGGCACAAACACUGGAGGUCCAGUGUGAUUUUUGAGGCUUUGUUUGGGGUGAACAUCAGGGUAUAAGGCUGUCCCUGUGUGGGGAGAAUGCUUGGCUAAAAGCCUCCCUAUCCCUGCAGCAUCUUAGGGGUGGGGGAGUGGGCUUGGAGGGGUGGGACGGACCCUGAAAUCUGUGACAACCUCGGCUACAAAAUAUCAUGUGGCGAAGUUAACAAGAAUACCCACUCCAGUCAAAUAAAUGACUGGAAUAUGGAUGACAUUAUGCGAUAGUACAGCAGGCUAUCUGGAAGUCUUCUUUGUAAUUAGAAUAAGAGUCCAACCUGAAUCUAUUGCACAAUGUUCUUCCUUAAAGUACCAGGGCCAUCUGCUCUCUGAAUGACUUUCUGUAGGUUGUACCUAACAGGAGGCAAUGAGCAGUGUUUCAGUGGGGCCACUCUCCAUCGCUCUCUUUUAUUUCCAUCCUCUCCCUCUCUCUCUUCUUCUACCUCUCUCUACCUGAGAGGAAACCGGUGUGGCCACAGUAAACUAAAUGUAUUUGCAGAUAUAUGAGAAACGACAGCAGCCCUUCUCACCAACAUUACAUUCAACACUGUGGAUCUUGUCCUUUGCCAAACCAAGUGAUGUGGGGAUGAGUGGUGAAAAAAAUAAACAAUUUCAUGCA